AUGAAAAGGGCCAGAACUCAGCAGGCCCUUCAGCCCAAAUCCGGCAAGCAACGAAUUUAUAGCCACGGUUUUAGCGAGAGCAACGGUAGAAGCACAGAAUCUCUUCAGAAGAACAUCCCUACUACCAUACCAAUUAGAAUCAGUCGACAAGUUCCGGUGACGUCCGAAAUCCUGGUGAAAGAAGAGGGAGAAGGAAUGAGCACGCAGAAUCGCGAAAUCUGGAACCCGAUGAAUGGGCAAGAAAAGAAUUUCGGCGCUCCAAGAAAACCUGGGACCGUCAAAUACUCACAGAACCCAGCUGGCCCCUCAAUGGUACACGAUUCAAUUUGGAAUCCAUCCCAGCUCGUUUCGAUGAACGAUCUGGAGCAGCUGUCCGGAGAGGGCUUUGACGACCUUUUCAGCUAUUCUUCAUCUCCGGAGGCGAGGUCUCCGACAAAUGUAACUUCCCAGCAGCCUGGAAUGUUCAGGCCUGGGCAAGCACCAAUGAUGAAGCCAUCACCACCGAUGCAGCAGCACCUUCCUCAACAACUCUCGCCUGAACAUCAACAAUAUGUUGAAUGGGACCAGAGCAAGCUGAUAAAGGCUCAGAAAGAAUCCAUGGAGCCUUCUACGAGACAGGUUCCCAGAGAGAAUAUUUGGCAAAAGUCACAAAUGGUCACCUUCGACGAUAUAAUGCAGCAGUCCGGUUUGGAUGAAUUCUCCGAAUUGGUCGAGGCCGAACAAGGAGUCGCUCAGAAUGGUGGAGUUCUCAAGCCAUCGAUGAUUCUACCGCCUGGUCAUGCUGAGCCAGCUCCUCAAGAGCCGAAGACGAAGGAUCAGAUGAUUGAUGAAUUGAAGAGGAUUCAACAGGAUUUUGCGUUCUCCAAGAUCGACGAUUUUCUGGGCCGCUACAAUGAAAAAGAAGAGCCGGAGAAACAGACUCCCGAGCAGCCCCAAAUCGCCCAGUCGAGCCAGAUGCAGCCGAUCACAGCUGACCAGAUCUCCGGAAUGCUGAAGGUCCAGCCCGUCGCUGGAAGCACAGAUAUGGUGCUUUCUCUCGAGCAAUCUCCUUCGAGUUCAAUCCAAACGCAGCUAGAAUAUGAAGAAAGAAUGAAUGCUCAGCGAAAGAUCAACAACGAAGCGGCGCAACGAUCACGAGUAAAGAAACGAAAAAUGAUCGAAGAAAAACUCAAGAAGAUUUCAAUCUUUGAAGAGGAAAAUCCAAAGCUCAAGAUGCGCCUCGAUACUCAUAUGAAAGAAUUGGAUCGUCUCAAGCGAAUGUUGGCAUUCUAUGUCGACUACACAAAGAACAAGAAAGUGUCCAUGACCGGCUGA